AUGUAUUCCUCAAAAUCUAGAUCAGGAUGCAAAAGGCACAAAGAAGAAAAAAUCAUGAUCAUAAAGCCUUAUGAUUUCUGUUGUUCAUCUGAUAACAUUGAUCCAUUGACACAAUAUGAUCAGAAAGAAAACUUCUUUAAUAAAUCUUCAUUGAUGUCCAUGAAUACAAUAAAUGAAAGUCCAGUUCUGAAAUUUAGAACUCAUUUUACUGGUUACGUAGAUUCAGAACUCACAAAAAAAUCUGCUAAGGCUAAACCGUCAGAUAUUGAAGACUCCAGACGUAAAUUAUAUACAAAACAACCUGUAAAUAAAUUAUCUAAGUAUACCAGUUCAAAGUUGCAUAUUCGUGCUGGAUCAUCAGACGAUGAUUUAUGUGAUAAACAAACAAACAAAGUUAAAGAGGGCCCAAUACAGUGGUACUUAGAAGAUGAAAUUAGAUUUGCUAAAGAUAUAUUUUGGGAAAAAAAACGAAAAGCUUAUAAUGAAGAAAUGAAUAAAAAUAUUGAAAUUGGAAUGGAAAAUGUUAGACUUUACAUGAAAAAGGAAUCGAGCAAAUGUCCGCGAUGGUAUCAAGAUUUUUCCAUUGAUCAAAUGAAAAACUUAAUGAUGCUGCAAUGUGUAAUACAACAAGACUGUGAAGAAAUGGUAACAGGACGUACACAAAGAACACUUGCAGAAAUUGGAGCAAUAUCUACAUUUUUUAUGCUUACACCAGAUAUUAUUAAAAAAUUACAAGAAAUUUGUAACUGUAAUGCAAUCGAAUUUUUAAGAGAAAUCUACAAAAUAUUAACAGGAAGUUAUUUUGAAGAGGAAGGAUAUAAACAAUUUUACGAUUGUAACGAAAGAAUAAUCUUGUCAGCCAUUGCAUUUUUAACUUUGCCAGAAGCUAUAGUAGAAUUACACGAGAGAUUACCAUCUGUAAUAAUGCCAAAGAUAAUUCCUAAACCUGUACCGCCAACAUCACCAAUAAGACAGAAGAAAGAAUCACCGUAUGAAGAAGAUCUCUUUCUACGUCCAGAUUGGGUAUCUUAUUAUAAUAAAUAUGAAAUUUGGCAAGCUAAAUGUCAAUUAAUACCAAUACCAAAAGUAAUAUUACCACCUAAAGAAUGUCUUAACUUAAAGAACAUGCUUACAUCUCCUGACAUCUACCCUUAUGACGUUAAGCCAGUGAAUCUUCCUGAAGAGCCCAAGACAAGGUGCGCAAGAGAAUAUGAGGAUAUAAGUAUAGUGGAUGACUCCAUAAAACUUGAUGAAGUAUCAAGGACACAAUUACUAAACAAGGGACCUUGUGGCUGGAGAACAAAGUCUGAACAACAGUUACCAACGAAAAAGACUUUGGUUUACCUUAGUGAGCCGGACUAUCCUCCAGAAACAAUAGCAGUACGACCAGGGGGUAGACCAUGCAUAUGUCGUCAGAAUAAGGAUAAGAAGAAAGUACUGACAUACAACAUUGGAGGUCUGAUACGCGGGAAAAGGGAUGACCCAGAUGUUAUCGACAAGAAGUUACUUAAAAAAAAGAAAGAUCAAGAUGACAAAAAAUUGCAAGUGAUAGAAGGUAUUAUUUAUCAUACUCCACCACCAAGUCCACGCAGGAGCGACGAAUAUGUACCUGAAUACGAUCUCUAUACAUCCCCAUACGACAUGUGCCUUUCUCAACGCACGGAUAAAAAUCUGAAGUAUUUUGAACAAUACAGCGGGCCGAAAGGUUCUAUGCCGAAAGGAACAAAACAAAGAGAACCGUGUGAAUGUGAUGAAUUUGUAGACACAUAUGGUAUACAAGUAGAUAGCCAAGAUACCGAAACCGAAAAAGCAACGGCAGAAUUCGAGAAGAACAGGCAACAAUUAAUCGAAGCAAUACCACCAAAAGAAAGAUGGGAUUUAGCGCUUAAGGAUAUAGGGUUGAUCGAUUAUUAUACACGAUGCAAAGACUCUAUGCCUUGCUGGUUGAAAUGCGCUAAAUUCAACAACGUAGGCUGUAAGCUACCGAUCAGGAAACUGCAGAUAAAGAGACCAGUUUGUGAAUGUAAAUACGAAAGGAAAAUACUUGAACACAAGGAGGAAAAAACGAAGUGGAAGGAACGCCGGAAAAGACUGAAAUCCAUGAAGAAAGAACCAUUCAUGAAUAUCGUGGAUACCUCGAAACCAAUGGUCGCAGAUACAAAAUUAAUGAUAUCAGGGGUGAAAAGAAUUCCACGGGAAGACGAGUACGUGGAUGAUGUUAAGUAUUGUAUAACUGGCGUUGUUGAGAAUUACACGGAAGAACCACCGAAACCAAUAGUGGGUGGUGUACAGAUGGCUACGCCUAUUCAAACACCCGAACCAAGUGUAGAGGAGAUACCAUGCGUUUGUCUACAUCGACACUGGUCACCUACGAACAUUCCUCCUGGUCCAGUGCCGAAACCAGAAGAAAUCAGACAGGCCGAGGAAAAGAAACGAAGACAGGCUGCGGAAGAAGCAUACAAACAAAUCCAUGCCCCUGAACCAGUAUACGAUUCGCAUGGUACUCAUAGUUGCAAAAAGACUUGUGAUCCAAAUGCUUUGUCAGAGGAUGAGGAUACAGAAGGGAGGGACAGUAUAAUGCCACGGUUGUCGCUUAAAGAAAGCAGAAGCAGAGCGACAGGUCUUCCUAAACAGACAAAACAUCAAAGAAAAUCCAUUACGGAUGAUUCUAAGAUUAAAGAAAAUAACAAGAGAUCAAAAACGCAGGGAAAUUCUGUAACGAAAAUAAUAAGUCCACAAAAGAAGGUGGGAAAUGUUAGAAAUGAUGAAAAUCUACUAAAAGGUUCACAUGCACCUCGUGAAGCUCAACAAAAAGAUAUUGUAGAGAAAAAAUCACAAAGUCUUCAAAGGACUCAAUACAAAGGGGGUGAAAGUGAUCCUCAUUUACAAAAUAUAAAUGCUGAGACAAAAGCAGAAGUACCAGAGGCAUCUGACGCAGAAGAAGAAGAAGUGGAAAUUGCAGCUGACUUUGAAUUAAUUAUCGUAGUAAGGAAUGAGCUAAUGAAAAUGGCAGCACAAGGAUUCUUAUUUGCAAAGUUACCAAAAUGCUUUUUAUUGCCGCAAUUGAGAUAUUGGUUAAUGUAUAGAGAAGGGUUUGCUCUCACUGACGCGGAUAAAGAGAAAUCCUUGCAAAGGAGUCUCAUGAUGUGGAAUUCGCUAAGUGCUAAAAAAUUAUCCAAACUUGAACCCCCAUCACUGAACAUGACGAAAUUUCAACUUAGAAACUUGACUUUCAGUGAUAUAGAGAGAAUGAAAGAAAAGAUAGCAAGAAACAAGGCAAUAUUCCAUAGCGAAGUCCGUAAAAAUCGUGUCGUAUUUGCACGAUCACUGUGGAACACGAUGGAUUAUGGAAAAUUUCCAUCUCUGUCAUUCAAACGAGCGUUCUUUAGUUACAUGGCCGGCAAAGAAGCUGAUGGCUAUGUUUUUAAACCAUGGUUUCGUUCUGAUGUGCGGAAAGGAACGACUUAA